AUGUUUCCUCAGUUUGGGUUUGUGGUUAGAUUCCGAUUCUGCUUUUUGGGCAGGAAUGUUGCGGAAGUCACGUUCUGUCCUUCUCAGUACAUCAUCAGGAGUCAUGGUAUCAGUCUGUCCUCUUGCCCUCCCGCCAUCAGCCCUCCUCCCAUCAGCCCUCCAUGCCUCAGCCCUCCUCCCAUCAGCCCUCCCCCCAUCAGCCCUCCUGCCAUCAGCCCUCCUCCCAUCAGCCCUCCUCCCAUCAGCCCUCCCGCCAUCAGCCCUCCUCCCAUCAGCCCUCCAUGCCUCAGCCCUCCUCCCAUCAGCCCUCCUCCCAUCAGCCCUCCCGCCAUCAGCCCUCCCGCCAUCAGCCCUCCUCCCAUCAGCCCUCCUCCCAUCAGCCCUCCCGCCAUCAGCCCUCCUCCCAUCAGCCCUCCUCCCAUCAGCCCUCCUCCCAUCAGCCCUCCCGCCAUCAGCCCUCCUCCCAUCAGCCCUCCUCCCAUCAGCCCUCCCGCCAUCAGCCCUCCUCCCAUCAGCCCUCCAUGCCUCAGCCCUCCUCCCAUCAGCCCUCCUCCCAUCAGCCCUCCCGCCAUCAGCCCUCCUCCCAUCAGCCCUCCCGCCAUCAGCCCUCCUCCCAUCAGCCCUCCAUGCCUCAGCCCUCCUCCCAUCAGCCCUCCUCCCAUCAGCCCUCCCGCCAUCAGCCCUCCUCCCAUCAGCCCUCCCGCCAUCAGCCCUCCUCCCAUCAGCCCUCCUCCCAUCAGCCCUCCCACCAUCAGCCCUCCUCCCAUCAGCCCUCCUCCCAUCAGCCCUCCUCCCAUCAGCCCUCCCACCAUCAGCCCUCCUCCCAUCAGCCCUCCUCCCAUCAGCCCUCCCGCCAUCAGCCCUCCUCCCAUCAGCCCUCCAUGCCUCAGCCCUCCUCCCAUCAGCCCUCCUCCCAUCAGCCCUCCCGCCAUCAGCCCUCCUCCCAUCAGCCCUCCCGCCAUCAGCCCUCCUCCCAUCAGCCCUCCUCCCAUCAGCCCUCCCACCAUCAGCCCUCCUCCCAUCAGCCCUCCUCCCAUCAGCCCUCCUCCCAUCAGCCCUCCCCCCAUCAGCCCUCCCGCCAUCAGCCCUCCUCCCAUCAGCCCUCCUCCCAUCAGCCCUCCCGCCAUCAGCCCUCCUCCCAUCAGCCCUCCAUGCCUCAGCCCUCCUCCCAUCAGCCCUCCUCCCAUCAGCCCUCCCGCCAUCAGCCCUCCCGCCAUCAGCCCUCCUCCCAUCAGCCCUCCCGCCAUCAGCCCUCCUCCCAUCAGCCCUCCUCCCAUCAGCCCUCCUCCCAUCAGCCCUCCCGCCAUCAGCCCUCCUCCCAUCAGCCCUCCCGCCAUCAGCCCUCCUCCCAUCAGCCCUCCUCCCAUCAGCCCUCCCGCCAUCAGCCCUCCUCCCAUCAGCCCUCCUCCCAUCAGCCCUCCCAUCAGCCCUCCUCCCAUCAGCCCUCCAUGCCUCAGCCCUCCUCCCAUCAGCCCUCCUCCCAUCAGCCCUCCAUGCCUCAGCCCUCCUCCCAUCAGCCCUCCUCCCAUCAGCCCUCCUCCCAUCAGCCCUCCCGCCAUCAGCCCUCCUCCCAUCAGCCCUCCCGCCAUCAGCCCUCCUCCCAUCAGCCCUCCCGCCAUCAGCCCUCCCGCCAUCAGCCCUCCUCCCAUCAGCCCUCCUCCCAUCAGCCCUCCCGCCAUCAGCCCUCCUCCCAUCAGCCCUCCCGCCAUCAGCCCUCCUCCCAUCAGCCCUCCUCCCAUCAGCCCUCCUGCCAUCAGCCCUCCUGCCAUCAGCCCUCCUCCCAUCAGCCUUCCUCCCAUCAGCCCUCCCGAGUUAUUCAGGUCCUUGCCAAGUUUGGCAGAUAACUCGCAUGUACACAGGGAAACAGGAGCUACUAGUUUGUGCUCGGAGUUUAGGGGUGCUCUCACCACAUCCCACGUGUGGAAUAGCCCAGCUGCUUUGAUGCUGGUCAGCAGGGAUGGGCAUGGUGUCAGUGUACAAGUACUGGCCUCAGGGGAAGGAGGAGCCUGGGUGGUGUCAGCAAUAUGCAGCAGGCCUCUAGGUCGCUACUUGCACCUUCUCAGGGAGAGGCAUGGGAGAGGGGCUGCCAUCUGCCUUCACACUUGUGACUGCCACAGGGAAAAGAGGGCAUGUGGGCUUCCUGUGGCAAGGUAA